UGCAGAACCUCGUGAUUGCUCAGUACCUGGAUAGAAAAUAAGGAUGUGAAGGUUUUCCGGCGAGUUUCGAAUCAGAAGGACCUGCUGAAGUUUUUCCACGGUUGUAUGGGAAGCUGCUAAUUGUCAGUCUUCUCUCAGUAAGCUUUCAUUUUCUUUUGCAGCAUGUUCGUGUUUUUGCUGCUAUUCUUCCUGCGGCCAGCAGAGAGCGCCACAACCAACACAACUCUGUCCUGCGUUGACGACCAGGGAAACGCAGUUGAUUGGUUCUACAUUUACAAACUGCCGCAUCCUCAUGAGCAGCCGCCGGAGGAAGGUCUGAAGUACCUGCUGCUUCAGGAGCACAGUAAGGCAUGGAUGGAGGGUGGAGGUCUGAUUGGAGACAGUACAGGGGCUUUGGGGCGGAGCCUCGGGCCGAUGUACGAGGAGGGUGAACUGGGCUACAUCUUGUACAACGAUCAGCCCCCGGAGCAGCGAGGUGUGAACGGGGCGAACAGGAGUGGAGGACACACCAAAGGUGUGGUUCUGUUCAACAGCAGACAGGGGUUCUGGUUGGUCCACAGCACUCCUCAUUUCCCACCUCCCAAAACAGUGGGCAAGUUCUCCUACCCCUCUUCUGGCAUCAACAACGGGCAGAACUUCAUCUGCGUCACUUAUCCUCUGGAGCGUUUCAACACCAUCGGUGAGCAGCUGAAAAUAAAUCAGCCACACGUUUAUGACUGUGAGAUUCCUGAGUCUCUGACCGCCUCAGUUCCCAGCAUGGUUGAGCUCUGUAAACAUCAGCACGGAUGGAACAACUUCACUGCCACAGACGGUUCCUUCUCCACACCUAAUCGCAGCGUCUCUCUGCUCUCGCUGGCGGGGACGAAGUUCAUCAGCUUUGCGAAAGGAGCUACCUUUGACAACGACCUGUACCACUCCUGGGUGGCUCCCACGCUGCAGACGGACCUUCUGGUUCAGUUCUGGCGUCGCUCCACGGGCAUCCUCCCGUCUGACUGCUCCCCCAGCUGGAAGGUCCUGAACGUUCACCUGCUUUCUCCAGGGGGCCUGGUCACCUACAAAACCACGGAGGAUCACUCGAAAUGGGCCGCGAGCUUGGGCGGAGGCGGGGCGAGGGGCGGGGCCUGGGUGUGCGUAGGGGACAUUAACAGGAACGAGGCGGAGGAGAAGCGAGGGGGCGGGACCGUGUGUCAGCAGGACGUGGCGGUGUGGAAGGCGUACCGGGCUGCAGCGCUGCAGUGCGACUCGUGCACGGGCGAGGUGGACGAGUGCGAGAGCGCCCCCAUGUAACCCUCCACAUGCGGUGGAGUGCAAAAGUUUGUGCACCUUAUUAAAAAAAAAAAGAUCAUUCUAGCAUUCCGAGUGAUAUUUUAUAAUAAUGUUACAAAUUAUAAUAAUAAGUGGUUAUCUGGAUUAUAACGACUACAGGAAAAAAGCGUGAUGAUAAAUGCUGUACAGAAAAAUGUUUUGUAGGUGUUUUAUAGAUAUUUUAGUAUUAAUAUUGUGUCGUUAAUAUAAUGUGUAAUAGAUUUCAGGCACCAGGAGUUUUAUACAAAUCUUUUUUGUAUUUGUAUUUUUUGACAUAUUUUAAUGUUAUAAUGUGAAUCAUAUUUGCACUUUUCUGAUCAGUGUAGACACUUUAGCUUUGUGACGGUCAUUUCUCAGGGAGCUGGUGCGUUUCAAAUAUUCCUUUUUUUUCUACUUGAAGUUUUGAUAAGGUUUCGUACGUCUUUUUUAUUUUUUUGCUUCAAAUCGAUAUUAUGUUGAGGAGGGUAAAUUUCCAAUAUUAAUAAAAAUAAAAAACUUUAAAGAUGCCA